GAUGUGCCCUUUUGAUUCUGCAAGGCCUGCAAACGAAAACGAUGCUGCUUUCUUGGUUGCACGAAGGCUGACAGUAUUUUGCUUCCGCCGGAGCUGUAAUUUUAUCAGAGCCACGUACGCCUCCACGUGGUCUUCUGUUAUUUUGUACGUCUGAUGCUUAUUUAUCCAAGAACCAGCACGACCGCACCGCACCGCUCCAUUUCCACCCCCUCCGCCUCCUAAUGUGAUGGUCUAAGGGAACCCUAGACUAGGCAUCAAUCCAAAUCUCCUCCUCGUUUCCACUCCCAAAUAUAUACUUCGUCGCCGAUCGAGAAAUCGGCCGGCUCUCGCCGGACUCUGUCCCAGCUACUGAGCUUGAUGAUCGCCGAUGAUGGCCUCCGCCUGCGUCAACAACGUCGGAACGUCGCCAGAGGCUUUCCUCGACUGCCCUCCGGCAUGCCCCUCCUACGGCUGGCUCAGCCCUAGGAUCUCCUUCAGCCGCGACCUCGCCGACGACGGCACCCCGGCGUCCGCCGCAGAGGAACCCGAGGCGGAGAAGCCGGAUCUGGAUGCCGCCGGCAAGGAUCUCGCCGACUUCGAGUUCCGACUCCACGAUCCCGUCGCGAUGCUCCCCGCCGAUGAGCUCUUUGCGGACGGGAAGCUGGUCCCGCUCCAGCUGGCGACGGCGCGGCCCGUGGCGGAGAUGCCGGCUCCGGCUACGCACAGGAUCCGCUCGCCGGAGGUGGCCGCAGAGACGCGGAGGGUGGCGGACGUUCUCGGAUCGGAUGUCUUCGUCGCCGAGUCUCCCAAGGCGCCGCGGUGCUCCAGCCGGUGGCGGGAGCUGCUCGGCCUCAAGAGACAGCAGAGCUCCAAGCCAGAAACCCAGAAGGCGGCCGUGUCCGCCCCUUCCAAGAACCAUAACACCAGAUCUCUCCGGCAUUUCCUUCACCGUAACUCUAAGCCCAAAUCCUCCUCCACUGACUCAUCUCUGAGCCUUCCUCUCCUCCGCGACUCCUCCGACGCCGAGUCGGUUUCCAUCUCUUCCCGCCUCUCCCUUUCCUCCUCUUCCUCAUCCGGCCCCGACCACGAGGACCUCCCCCGCCUUUCCCUGGACGCCGAGAAGCCCUCCCGGAUCCCGCUCUCCCUCGGCCAGAACCCGCCCCGGGUGCGGGUCGCCCGGACGAGAACCACCGUUCCGGACGGCCAUCAGGCAUCGAGGGUCGGCCGGAGCCCGGUCCGACGGCCGCCGGAGGCGGCCGCGGCCUCGCGGGGGGCGUCGGUGGACAGCCCAAGGAUGAACGCGUCGGGGAAGGUGGUGUUCCAGGGGCUGGAGCGGAGCUCGAGCAGCCCGAGCAGCUUCAGCGGCGGCCCAAGGAUCAAGUACCGGAGCAUGGAGCGCUCCUACUCGGCCAACGUGAGGAUCACACCGGUCCUCAACGUCCCGGUCUGCUCCCUCCGAGGAUCCUCCAAGUCCGUCACGGUGUUUGGCUUCGGCCAGCUUUUCUCUCCCCAGAAGAAGGAGGAAGGUUCCAUGGCGAGAAGCAGCAGCAAUGGAAGCAGAGCCAAGAUCGAGAGGAGGAAAGCUUGAACGAGAUCUAGGUACCCAACCCCCAACCGAAAAAAAAUGAAACCGAAAAAAUUAACAAGAAAAAACUCGAUUGACAGUUUUUAAAUUCUCUUUGAUUUGGUUUCUACAUCUUCUCUCUUUUCAAAAAAAUUCUGGUGGGGUUUCUUUGCUUACGGAUCUACGUGUAUAAAAUGUAGUGUUGUUUUUUUCAUGAAUUUUGCUCGGAAGUUUGAU